AUGAAGACUGCAAAACCAGUACCAGUACCCUCUGAUCCCUCAUCAAGUCGCAGAGCCCAGCCCGUACGCCAGACCCGAACAAACCCUCCAAGAUCCUCAAUCCCAGGUGCCAGAGCUUUUGGGCCCAGGGGCGACGGUCUGGACGACAAAGGCGUUCAGAUUUUCCCCGCGAUCACACACUUCGCAGAUGCUAUAACGGCUCUCCCCAAGGAGCUUAUGCGACACUUUACAUUACUCAAGGAAGUCGAUGCCAAAAUCUUUGCGCCAGAGGAUGACCUUGGGAAGCUUAUUGACGCCGCCCUCCACGCCCCUCUCUCAGAACGAAGGCAGCCAGAGAGCCAACAUGCUCAUGGUCCAACAUCUACGCCCAUGAGCGCGCAAGGCAGUGUCAAUGGCUCAAUCAUAAAUGGUCAUCCUGCUUCUGUCGCAUCUGUUCCUGAUGCCGACAUCGCGUCGCAGGCCUACGAUCCAGCAAAUAUCCCCCGGAGACAAAUCUUCCAACACUGCGCAUAUACAAUGCAGAAUAUGCUAGUCUCGCUCGACGAAAAGAACCACGUUAUAUCUACAGCUUCCGAAGCCCUCAACAAACAGCUCGCCCGCAUCGACGAGUGCUUUCCCUACAUCGAGCUCGAGGUCAGUGAUGAGGCACGCUUUGGCAGCACUACACAUUGGGCAUAUCCAGAUAAUAGGGUAGUUAAGACUGGGUCCGGUGGCGCAUCAAGGAGGGAAGUUCAAACGGUCAAUCAUUUGACGGCUGCUGGUCAGCAAAUGGCCGAGGAAGCAGCCGCUAGAAGCGAUGCUCGAAAGCAAGCCUUAUUGGCGAAGAAAAGCAAUAAACACCCUCAUGGGGAAUCCGAUUUCGACGAUCAUCACGAUGGCAGACACAAGGAGAAGAAGCUACAUGGGAACAGUAAGAUCCGAAAGGCGGCAGAUGCGUCUCUAGGGGUCGGAUUAGGGAUCACAAACGGAGCCGCGACGAACGGCAAUCCUCAGAAGCGUCGAAAGGUCGAUAAAGGUCCGUCUGGCGGGGUAGUCAUGGAACGAGCCAUGAGCGGGGUAUUUGGUAGCAACGGGGUCGCGACGAAAGGAAAGGCGUCGAGCCCAAGGGAGACUCCAGGGCCCGAAGGACCUAAGAAGAGGCCGAGAGGAGGCGGCGCAGCCAAUGGGCAGACAAGAAAGAGGAACAACACUGUAACCUCUGUCAUGUCCCCUUCGAUAGCCUCCUCGCCCAUUCGAAGUACAUUCCCAGACAUGAAGCGUCCAUCUCCAGCCCCUACAAAUGGCAGACCUGUAACCUCACGAGCAAGGCAGAAUUCGACACAAUCUAUCUUCGAGAACGCCCGACAGCGAGAAUCCUCAACAGCGAAGCAAAAUGGCACUCCAGUAAACACACCAGAUCUCGGGACGGCAGCAACAGUCACUGGACGAAGCAUAUCAGAAGUGAAGGCAACGGUGAGAGAAUCGGCCAACAACUCAAAGGGCGACCACAUUCUUGAGGAUGUGCAAAAAGAGAAGCCCCAGAUAUUCAGCAACGUUGUAGUCGCCAACAAGAAGGAAGCCGGGACGAAACGAGAGGGAUCAGAAACGAACGGGGACUCAAUGCAAGCCAUCCAACAGACAACAGUAACGACCACUAAGAGUGGUCGAGCAAGUAAGCCUUCGACUCCAGCGAUACCACAAUUCCCCGACCCGCCUCCACGUUCACGCUCCUCGCGCAAUGCUCUAGAAGCAACCUCGAAUCAUAACAAGAGGAGUCAUAAGAAAGGCGCUGGAGCGGCGGCGCAGCUCAUUGCGCAGCAGAAUAUCGAGGUGGAUGAUGCUGCCAGUACAGUGCAGGAUGAAGAUGAGGACGAGGAGAUUGGGGCUGAUGAGCCGCUGUAUUGUUAUUGUAAUGGAGUUAGUUAUGGGGAGAUGGUAGCGUGUGAUGCGGAUGAUUGCGAGAAGGAGUGGUUCCAUCUUGAGUGUGUGGGCCUGAAGGUUGCACCUAGGGGUAAUGGACACCUGCUAACGACCCUGCGUGUAGCUAAAUGGUACUGCAACGAUUGCAAAGAAAAGAUGAAAAUGAAAAGGUUUAAUGGCCGGUAA